UCAGAGACUGAAUGCACAGAGACAAAGGGGAAGUUAUCUGGCCAAUAGAAAUACAUUUUUUUUUAAUACUUGGAAGUAUGUUGACAGCGAUAAUGACUGCCAAGCUCUAAAAGUUUUGAGUUAUUCCAAAAACCAUUUCUUCAUGAGUUCGUUAGAUAGUCCUGUAAGGGGCUCUCCUGAGACUAGCACUCCGGAUGGUUCUCCUACAGAAAGAACAAGCUUAAUGAGUGGUAUAAACAAUAGCGGCAGAGGGGAUAGGGGUGGGGGAUUUUUUUCUGAGAAUCAUGAAGCUUUACCUGAGACUGAUAUAAUUAACCCAAAUAUAAACACAAAUGCAAAUGAAGAAAGCGCAAGCACUCCUGCUGCUCAGGCUCAGGCUAGUGGCAGCAAGAAAAAAAAUCCGUCAAAGAAACGCAAGCGGCCUAAUCCACCUAGCCAACAGCAAGAGGAGGAGGAAGAAGACACACUGUUAUAUGGAGCUAAGCAUGUCAUAAUGCUGUUUGUCCCUGUCACUCUGUGCAUGGUUGUUGUUGUGGCAACCAUCACCUCCAUCACAUAUUACACAGAAAAGGGUGUUUACCUAAUUUACACUCCAUUUCAUGAUAAAACUGAAAACACAGGCACAAAAAUUUGGCAGUCUAUGGCCAAUGCUGGUAUUAUGUUAAUAGGGAUAGUUGUAAUGACAGUGGUUUUGUUACUACUCUAUAAAUAUAAAUGUUAUAAGCUAAUCAAUGGGUGGCUAGUGUUAUCUUCAGUCAUGCUGCUGUUUAUCUUUUCAUAUAUAUAUUUAGAACAAAUUCUCCGCGCCUAUAAUGCUCCUAUGGAUUAUAUCACAACUGCAAUCAUAAUGUGGAACUUUGGGGUUGGUGGAUUGUUUUGUAUCCAUUGGAAAGGACCGUUACUCUUACAACAAGCUUACCUAAUCAUGGUAAGUGCCUUGGUGGCCCUCAUGUUCAUCAAAUAUUUGCCAGAUUGGACUACUUGGGCAGUACUUGCUGUUAUGGUCAUUUGGGAUCUAGUGGCAGUUCUUUGUCCAAAAGGUCCUCUUAGAAUGCUGGUUGAAACAGCCCAGACUAGAAAUGAGCCUAUAUUCCCAGCUCUAAUUUAUUCUUCAACAAUGGUUUGGCAGAUAACAAUGGCAGAUGUGGAUGAUAUUCCAAAGAAACCAAAAAAGAAAAAAGGAAAAAAAAUUGAUGGUGCCCAUAACAUGAACAACUCGUCAACAAGUCUAGAACCUGACAAUGAUGGUGCUGUUGGAUCCAAGGAGCAAAUAGUUAAUGGUACCAGAACAGAGUUUGAGUUUACAGAUAACACAGAUUCACAAGCAGCUCGUAGGGCUGUGCAGGCUUUUGGUGACAUGACUCAAUAUGUUGAGGGAGCUCAAAGAAAUUCUGAGACUUUAGACAGGUCAUCGCCUGUUUUAAGUGAAGGAACUGCUGUUGAUAUACCACCUACAGUUCCUUCUCCUACAGCUGUGUCAGUUACCCUCAGCCCAAUACCAGUACCACCACCGAUAACAUCAAACAGAAAUGCCCCAACAGAAUCAGAUGAAGAAAGAGGAGUAAAAUUAGGUCUGGGCGAUUUCAUUUUUUAUGGUGUACUGGUUGGCAAGGCAGCUUCAAAUGGUGACUGGAACACAACAAUAGCUUGUUUCGUUUCUAUUCUGAUUGGCCUGUGUUGUACGUUGUUGUUGUUAGCCAUCUUUCGCAAAGCUUUACCAGCACUUCCAAUAUCUCUCACUUUUGGGUUAGUUUUUAACUUUGCUACAAGUGCUCUUGUGAAGCCAUUUAUGGACAGCUUAGCCAGUGAACAGGUUUACAUAUAACUCUUUAAAUAUUUUUUUUUAGGUAAAUGUUUCAUUUUGUGACAUCAAUAUUAUGAAGUCCAUUUUCUGUGUUUUAAGUUUUAGCCACACAUUUUUUAAAAACAAUCUAGCGAAGAUACAAAGGAUGUUUACUUGGACAACCAAUUUAAAUUACUACAAUUUUUGUUCAAAGGUAAUUUGUUUCAGAUCACUUUUUUUCAAAUGCAAGAAUUAUUUCAUACCUAACUUAGAAAGAAUUGUUAACUUAUAGGAUAUACCUGGAUUUCAGCAUAGAGAUGAGUUAUGUUUUUGAUUUAUAUCAAAUGCCACUAGAAAUAAUUUAUAACACAUGAAAAUAAAAUGUAAAUAUCUGCAACACUCAAGUCUCAUGUAGUGAAUACUGGAUGCAUGUAAUGUUAUAAAAAUUGUGUUAAUCACUCAUAAAUAUCUUAAUAAAGCAAUGAUAUGUACAAUAUUUACAUUCCUUUUCUAGUUGUCUUAUUACAAAAUAGUAUUUAAAUACUGACAUCUUAAAAUGUUUACACACUGCUUGAAAAUCAAAUUUAAAGAUAAAUGCAGUUUAACUUAGGCUAAUGUCAUCUUUAAAAAAUAAAAUGUUUAUACUAUUUUUUUUAAAAACAGGAUGCAAUGUAAAUAGCUAAAGCAUUAAUUUUCUAUUAAAUAGCUUCUUCUGAUGUUGCUAUAUUCUGUUGUUUAAAUUAAAUAUCAGUUUAAUUUGUAGAGAUAAAGGAAUUAAUUAACAGGGACUAUUUUUUACUGAAUUAAGGUGUACAUUCUUAUAAGAAUUAUUAAAUGCUUUCUUUAAUUAUCUGCAUGAUCAAAUCUCUGGCUUAAUAAUAAAAAAAAAAGUAUUUUCAUGCUAAUUGUGUUUUAUUUAGUAUUUAUGUAAUGGUAGGUUCAUUUUUGUAAAUAUAUAAAAAUGGAAAUCAAUUAGCUGAAACAAAUAUUCUAUAAUUUUAAGAUUACUUAAAAGUAAAUUUUAGAAUGGAGUUCUGCUAAGUGUGAAGACAUUCAAAGGUUGAGUGCUUUUAAAUGUUUAUUUGUAGAGAAUUUUUCAUCAGCUAAACUGUCAAUUAGAACACAGUAGUCAAUUAAAAGAGACAACUUUCCUGCUAUUGUUUGAAGUUUAAACACAAGGAAUGAAAAUAUGUUCAAUGUAACUUUUUUGCAAGCCUCUAGAAUAUUUGUACACAAGUCACUAAGCAGCACUGGAUAAAAGUAUUUUUAAUAGAAUUAAUGCUGCUUAUAAUUGAAAAUAAAGCAGAAGUGAUUUCCCCUA